AUGUCGGACUCGCUCGGAGACCUCGAGCUCGACCCGGGGCGUGGGAACCCGCUCGUCGCUCUAGCCAUCGCUAUAGUCAAGGCGUUCCUGUACAUCCUUGGCUCCAUUCGAUAUAUGGUCGGAUGGGUCACCAUCACUCUGCCAGGGAUGAUAGUCCGAAUGCUGCAAUACUCAUUCACCAUCUCCCUGACCUUCCCUGUCCUCCUCACCCUCUUCCUCGCCUCGUGCGGCGCAGCCAUCUUUGUCAUUCGAUACCGCUACCUCGCACGCUAUACGCUAUACAAGGAACUCGCACUGCCUCUCCCCUCACCCCCUAGUAUACCCACAGACCUGUCCGAGCUGGGCCUGGGCGACGCAGGCGAGCGUAGGGCCCCAGCGUUCCAUAAUUACCUGGACGACUUUCUGGCUGCUAUAAGGAUAUUUGGGUAUCUUGAGAAACCGGUGUUCCAUGAGCUGUCCAGACACCUUCAGACACGGAGGCUGGCAGCUGGCGAGACGCUGGAGAUUGGGAAUGGUGACUUUUGGUGUGUCGUCGAAGGCAAAGUCCAGGUGUUCGCUCCGUCGACGACCAGUACCCUGUCCCAGCCGCCCUCGCCGGAUCCAUUCGGCCUCGGCACCCACAAAGCCUUCAAUGGAUAUCAUCUUCUCAACGAGGUGUCGACCGGCGGGACUCUCUCGUCCCUCUUCUCCAUCCUCAACUUGUUUACGGAGGAUAUCAAGCUCCCAUGGGACUCCCCACCCUCGGCGGACGGCAACGAGAUGGCGGAGGAAGCCAUCGGGAGUGACGAGGAGGAUGAAGAGGCGGACAGGACACAUACAUGGCCAAAGAAGAGCAGGGCCAACUCGGACGUCUCGCAGCUGGACGUCGGGGAUCGUGCUUCCCCAGAGAGCAUGACGUCGAGUACGUUCGGAGCUACGUCCAGUACCUUGGGACCCAUCGAUGAGCGGCCUGCAAGGCCCCGGUCGAGCUCCCUGGGGAGUACAGUCCGACAGGACGAAAAUUCUGAUAACGAGGGUCCGGGAGCUGGAGAAGCAUCCUCCUCGGCGCCAGCUACGAAAUCGCCCUCCCCUAUCCUCUCACCCUCCCUGCCCGGCGUACACGACCAACCUCCUGCAUCCUUCCCUCCGUCCCCUCUCCCUCGAACUCGGGUCCGCCAGCGCUCCGCCCCUGGCGAAAGGCGGGGCACAGCCAUGCCUCGCCCGAAAUCAGCUCGGCAUGCCCACAAGUCCGGUGCGGAGGCUCUCAAGGGGACUAUUGCGCGAGCGACGGUUGAUACGACACUGGCGGUCAUCCCUGCCGAGGCGUUCAGGCGGUUGACGCGCAAGUAUCCCAAAGCGAGCGGGACGGUUGUUCAGGUCGUUCUGGAGCGGUUCAGCCGGGUCACGUUUAUGACGGCUCACAAAUUUCUGGGUCUGACCCGCGAGAUCCUACGGUCAGAGUCGUCGCUCAACGCGCUGGUCUCCCACCCCCUUCCCCGGGCCUUCUACACCGGCGGCGGCAUGCAAGCGCUUCGAGACCGUUUCCAUCCCCCGCCAAAGGGAAUGAGGCGUGAUAACACCUCUACGCGCAAGAACAGUCCCGACAAGUCGUCCAAGGACUACUUCAACUUUGUCCCUGUCAGCCCGACUGUCCGCGCCCCCUCCCUCCCCUCCGACACGCCCAAAAACGCUACAACCCCCGCCACGUACUCCAGGGACCUCUCCAUGACUGCCGCCGCUGAGCACCUGGCGAAAGAAGGCGUCCCUCCACCCGAAGCGGCCGUCUUUAGCCCCGAUACUGCUGCCCGUCAAUCGAGCGCGUUCGUCCGUCAGAACUCGGCGAUGCGGAAGCAAGUCGCCGCUGGGGAUCUGGCUAUGACUCGUGCAACUCAGGCGAACGAUAAUGGCGGAGCAUACUAUCGGCACACUGCGCAAACGCCCGGAUUGCCUCGGAUGGAUACCUGGCGCGGGCGGAUGUCAGCUUCGGCCCAAGGAAGCCACAAGCCGAAUGCCGCGGCGGUCGAGGUGCCCCUUGAUCUCUUGGAAGACGAGUAUGAACUCCGCGAGGCGGUCUUGACGUGUAUCGCCAAGUCCAUCGGACUUGUCCAGCCCCAGUCCACCGAGCCUACCCACGCGCACGACCACUUUGGCGGCCGCUCGUCCUUCGCGCCAUCCGUAUCCAACCUCUCAACACCCAACUCCCCCAUGUUCCCACCGCACAUGGCGCACCGUCCCAAGGGCGCGAGCCCCAGUCAAGGUGGUCAGGGUCAUUUCGGGAAUGUCCUGGAUAUGAUGAAUGCCUCGAAUCAUAAUGAUAAUCUACUAGGCGGGAUGCUGAGGGAGGCGGUGAUGAAGGUCAAGAAUGACGAGGAUGCGAGUAGUAUCUCGGCGAGUAUACAGGAGAGUAGUGCGUUUGGAGGAGAAAAGAAUGUGUUACGGGAUUUGGAAGGGCAUGUGGAGGUGUUUUAUUACAAGAAGGGGACGGCGCUGGUCAAGGAGGGAGAAAAGUGUCCGGGGUUGUACUACGUGAUCGAUGGGUUCCUCGAGGUCUCUCUUCCCGUUCACUCUCCAUCCCAGAGCACCGAUUCCGCCUCGUUCGGCAAUACAGCGACCGGUUUCUCCAACGACAAUUCCCGCCCCUUCAGUGCCGCCCUUGGCCUGGACGAUCCUCAGACCCCACACAAACCCUCUCACUCGUCCUCAUCAUCGACCUCGCAUGACGAGCCCCUCUUCACCGUCAAGCCAGGCGGAAUCGCCGGGUACCUGUCCUCCCUUUGCCAUACCGAUUCCUACGUCACCAUUACGGCCAAGACGGACUGCUAUGUCGGCUACCUCCCGAAUCACGCUCUUGAGCGGAUCCUCGAGCGCCGGCCUAUCGUGCUCCUCACGCUGGCGAAGCGGCUCAUGAGCCUGUUGAGUCCGUUGGUUCUGCAUAUUGAUGCGGCACUGGACUGGAUCCAAUUGGGCGCGAGGGAGGUGCUAUAUGAGAAGGGAGAUAAGGCUACGGACUUUUAUAUCGUUAUCAACGGACGGCUGAGAUCCCUUAAUGUCAAGGGCGACAGCACCGAGGUCGUCCGCGAGCAUGGACAGGGCGAUUCGAUCGGCGAGCUGGAAGUCAUCACCGGCGUCAAUCGCUCGGAAACCGUCCACGCUAUCCGAGAUUCGGAACUCGUACGGAUACCGGCUGCUCUCUUUGACGCCAUCAGCACCCGUCAUCCGGCCACGACGGUCCAAUUCCUCCGUCUCAUCGCUGGACGGGUCCGCAAGGCCGUCGGAGAGCAAGCUUUACCUACCAGUACGGCCGCCGGCGGACCAGCGGGCGGAUCCACAAAGGAUAUGAAUCUGAAGACGGUCUGUAUCAUCGGAGCGAACCGGAAUGUCCCUGUGGCGCAAUUCGCCGGCAAGCUCAAGACUUCUCUGGAAGAGCUCGGCGCGUCCACGUCGUACCUCGACCAAGGGACCGUCAUGCGUCAUCUGGGCCGGCACGCCUUUGCACGGAUCGGCAAGCUUAAAAUCGCGGGCUGGUUGGCGGAUCAGGAGCAACAUCAUCGGACCGUCCUAUACGUCGCGGAUACGCCACCAGCCAGUCAGUGGACACUUACGUGUAUCCGCCAGGCGGACCUCGUUCUCAUCCUAGCCAUGGGCGAUGAGCCCGCUCUGGGCGAAUACGAGAAGCUUCUGCUGGCGACCAAGACGACAGCGCGGAAAGAGUUGAUCCUUCUUCAUGACGAACGGACGGUCGCUCCCGGUUCGACUCGGCCGUGGCUCAUCAACCGUCCCUGGAUACACGCCCACCAUCACGUCGAGCUUCCCGGUAUCAUCAUCCCCCAUAAAGCCCGAACGACGAUCCACGAUCCGGCCGCAAUCGCCGCCUUUAAGCAUCUUCGGGAAGAGGUCAAAACGCGUCUCAAAGCUUAUCGUGGCUUGCGCCCUCUUGGUCGCCCACGCCGCCCUCCCCAUUUGAACGACUUUGCGCGCCUCGCCCGCCGGAUAUGCGGCAAGUCGAUCGGGUUGUGCCUGGGCGGCGGAGGCGCAAGGGGGGUCAGCCAUAUUGGGAUGUUGCAGGCGCUGGAGGAGUAUGGGAUCCCUAUUGAUGCGAUUGCGGGGUGCUCGAUUGGGAGUUUUGUGGGCGGGCUGUAUUCUCGUGAGACGGAUUUGUUGGAGACGACGGGGAGGACAAAGCAGUUUGCGGGGAGGAUGGGGAGUGUGUGGCGGAUUUUGAGCGAUGUGACUUAUCCGUUUGCGGCAUAUACGACAGGACACGAGUUUAAUAAAGCAUUCUUCAACACGCACAUUGAAGACUUUUGGAUCCCCUUCUUUGCCAACUCGACCAAUAUCACCCACUCGCGUAUGGAGAUUCACCGCACGGGGUAUGCGUGGCGGUAUGUUCGGGCCAGUAUGACCCUGGCUGGGCUGUUGCCGCCAUUUUCAGACAACGGGAACUUACUCGUCGACGGCGGGUACAUGGACAACACCCCUAUCGGCCCGCUGCAAUCCGCCGGUAUCCGGGACAUCUUCGUUGUCGACGUUGGCGGGCUCGACGAUACCUCUCCACGCAACUAUGGCGAUUCCGUCUCUGGCUGGUGGAUCCUCCUGAACCGCUUCAAUCCAUUCUACAAACGGAACGUCCUUUCCAUGACGGAAGUCUCGUCCCGGCUUGCCUACGUUUCGUCCUACAAGACACUGGAAGAGGCCAAGUCGAGCCCGGGCUGUCUGUACAUUGCGAUGCCGGUACAGCAGUUUGAUACGUUGGGGGGGUUCAAAAGUUUCCCUGAGGUGCUAAAGGUGGGAUUGGAGGCGGGGAGAGAGCAGCUCAGGAAGUGGAAGGCGGAAGGGGUGCUGCCGACGGGUUUGGUGGAUGAGUCGAGGGGGGCGACGGCUAUCCGAAAGGGUAAUAGGCUGAGGCGGAUGUCUAUUUAG